CCCAUUCAACACGGGGAAUUUCCCUUACCUCAUUACACUUGUCAUGGGAUCAAUAGUGUAAAGUACAUUCAGCAACUCUCGAUAGAAGAUGGCUUUCUUUGGAUUUGGUGUGUUUUCAACUCCUACUGGACAGCUAGUGGAGAGGGCUACUGACAAUGCUGCCUCGGCCGGUAAUAUCGCACUACAUCUCGAGAUCUGUGACGCUAUCAACGAAUCUGACAAUGGACCCAAGGAAGCAGUGGCAGCCAUCAGAAAAAGACUGACAGGAAACUCCAAAAACUUUCACAUCAUCAACCUCACGCUGACUGUUCUGGAGACCUGUGUUAAGAACUGUGGGAUUCGAUUUCAUUCCAAGAUAGCUCAGCGUGAUUUCCUUCAUGAUAUGAUGAAGGUCAUUUCCGUCAAGAACAACCCUCCUACAAUAGUGAGAGAGCGUAUUCUGGGGCUGGUGCAGUAUUGGGCAGAUGCCUUCAAGGGCAAGCAUCAGUUGGUGGCCGUGGAUGAACUGUAUGAGCAACUCAAGACUGAUGGUAUAGAGUUUCCUCCCAUCGACCUGGAUAAUCUCACACCAGUGGAGACACAGGGAAGAUCACAGCUCCAGUUGACAGAGCCCUCGUCUGUCCCACCUCCCAGUGUCGGAGGGGGUGGUUCACCACACCCACCUCGUCAACAGCAGCAGCAACCUCAGCAGCCUAGGGCAGCACGAGUGCCCAGUGGUCCACUGAAACCAGAGCAAGUGGCUAAACUACUCUCAGAAUUGGACGUUGUGCGUAAGAAUAUGGACGUCAUGAACGAGAUUAUGAGUGAACAAGAACCAGGCAGGGAGAGUGCUGACGAUGCACAACUACUGGACGACUUGAACAAGAUCUUGCACAGCAUGCACGGUCGUCUGGCUAAGCUGAUUGGUGGAUGCUCUGAUGAGAUAGUCCUUGAGAGCACUCUGGUCAUCAAUGAUGAGCUCAACUCUUUGUUUGUGCGAUAUGAGAGGUGGCUCAGGAACAGUGCUGCUGCCAAGUCAGAGGAGGGGAACACUCUUGUGUCCAGCACUGGGGUGGCCACCACCAGCUUGUCUGAGCCUAUUGCCACUGAGGGAGGUGGUGAGAUCAGUUACCCAUCAUUCGAGGACCCUCCAGCGUAUGAAUCAUCAGAGCAGCAGCUCAUUGAUUUGGGGACAGAGGUGGCCCCACCCACUUCCUCUGGACAGGAUGACAUUGUAACUCAGCUAGCUCAACUAGGGAUUAUAUCAGACACGGCCACACCCCCUGCACCACCCCCACCCACCACUGAUGAGUUUGACAUGUUCGCUCAGAGUCGCACUGCUUCUGGAGAAGGGUCUACGUAUGCUGACAACAUGGUCUAUCAGAAUGCCUCUCUGUCAGCAGCUGUCCAUGGUCACCAAGACAACCCAGUAGAGACUAGCAACCCGUACGCCAACCUCACUGACUGGCUCACCCAAACUGACACCAAGCCACCAGAGGAAGCUGCUGCGAAUACAUCUGCUGCUGAGUCAGUAACCAGUGCCGAGUUCGACCAGUUCCUGGCCCAGCGUGCCAACAAGGGGGAGGGGCUACCUGCCUCAAGACCACGCCCACAAAUGCAGCAAGCCGAGGAACGCUCUGAUGAACUAUUUCAACUCUAAUAACAAAAACAACUGAUUAUGUGUAUACAAUUAUAGAUAGAUUGUUUUGUAACCCCUGAUCUUGUGAGUGUGUGCAAUCAGCCACAAGUGAUUGUCAUUAUCUGUAGCUGAAUCAAAACUUAUCUUAAUCCUGUAAA